CGUCGUUGUCAAAAACAAAAAAAAAAUUCUCCGUCGCCAAAACGAUAAAACGCCAUUUUGCAUGUGCCGCAAAAGUUUGAUGAAAAUGUUUUCGUGUUCGAGAAAAUAGUGAUUUACUGUGAAAACCGAUCGCAUAUCAUUCUUUAGAGUUGCUUCUCGAGUGAACUAUGGUCUAACCGGUGGAUGUACAUCGGAUUUGAACAAAAUACAGUGUUAUUAUCAGCAGCAAGUGAGCGCGAAGCAGUAGAAGAGAACCGAACGAAGAUUUUUCGUUUUUUAUAACAACUCGAUGGAAAUUAAGGAGAAGAAAGUUUGAAGUUUAGUUUAGCUACAAAGUACAUCCUAAAAUAACCAAAAUGAUGUUCACGGGCACAAAUCAACAGCAAGAUACACGCUUCAGCGAUAAAGAGAAAAAAUUGUUGAAGCAGAUGAAAUUCGGAGAUAAUCUGAACAAGCGUGUUGAUAUGUCCAAGGUUAAACUGGAUGUACUGCGCCCAUGGAUCAGCAAGAAAAUUACUGAAAUGCUGAAUAUAGAGGACGACGUCAUCGUAGAGUUCGUCUAUAAUCAGUUAGAAGAAGAGAAGUACCCAUGCCCCAAAAAGAUGCAAAUCAAUAUGACCGGAUUUUUGAACGGGAAGAAUGCAAGAGUUUUUAUGGAGGAUCUUUGGGCAUUGCUGCUGUCCGCCCAGGAAUCAGAAACAGGUAUUCCUGCGGAAUUCAUAGAGCAGAAAAAAGAUGAAAUAAUGAAACGAGAAGAGGAUUCCAAGCAUCUGGAAGACACACGAUCUCGGCGGUCCCGCAGCAGAGGAGGCAGUCGGGAUAGAGACGAUCACAAAAGAUCCAAGAAAGAAGUUCGUCCCAUGUACAAACCGGAACCGGAAGAAUACAUGGAUGAGGAAGAAAAAAUGAUUGAAGAUUUCAUUGAAGCUGAAGUUCCUAUUUCCAAGGAGAAAGAACCUAAAAAACUAGUGGAAGAAGCUAACGCUCCUGUCGAGAAAGAUCCUUCACCGGAGAAGAACGUUAAGAAAUCGCCUGAAAAAUCGAAAGAAAUUACCAAAUCGGAAAAUCCUUCCGAUAAAAACCGUCGCAAGUCCCGUGAUCGUUCACGAUCACGUGAUCGACGUCGAUCGCGAGACCGUCGCUCGUCACGAGAUCAUAAAUCAUCCAGGGAUAGAAAAUCAUCCAGGGAUCGAAAGCCAUCGCGAGAUAGACGACGAUCGCGUUCAGCUCGUCGAUCAUCAGAUCGUAUGAAGAAGCGAAGCCGCUCACCAAGGGAUAAACGAGACCGUGACGGACGCAACCGGGACAACGAUCGUAAGCGUUCACGAAGUACAUCGCGUAUCAAGAAGCCCUCUAUAAAGGAGAAAUCUACUGACAACGGAUCUAUUUCAAAACUUCAAUCGAAGUUGAUGAAUAUGGCCGAGGGGAAGAAAAUUUCUCCGGCAGCCAAACGCCGCAGUCGUAGCCGAUCCACGUCAAGAUCCAGAUCUAAAUCACGUUCUGUCAGCAAGAAAAAGAGCGUGAGUCGUUCUCGUUCGAGAUCUAGAUCCAGGUCAAAAUCUAAGCCUAAAAAGGGUAGAAAAUCGCGUUCUCGUUCGCGACGUUCUCGGAGCUCGGAUUCAUCACGUUCAUCUUCCAGCAGCCGUAGUGGAGAUAGAAAGAAAAAGUCCAAAAGUGGCAACAAAAAACGCAAUGGUAAAAGCAGAAGCCGCAGCCGGAGCAGCCGGAGCCGCAGUCGCCGUGAUACGUCACGAUCGCGUUCCAGAUCACGUAGCAGCCGAUCAUCAUCACGCCCUACCAAGAAAGAUGAUUUCGAGAUACAGAAGAAGGAAAACAGUAUCCAGAAAAAGCGUCACUACCGUUCGAACAAGGAUUCUUCGGACUCGGAAUCAGAUCGUGGCGGACGCGCUCCAGCCAGGAAGGAUCGCGGUGGGAGAGAUCGACGAUCACGCUCGCGAGGCCGACGUGAUGGGUCACGAGGCCGGAAAGACCGAUCACGUUCACGACAUCGUUCGAGAUCUCGCAACAGAUCUCGAUCAAGGAAUCGGUCGCGUUCUCCAAAACGCUGGUCUCGAUCACCUCGCGGAGGGAGAGGACGAAGCAAUCGCGGCAAAUAUAGUGGCAGUGGAACUGGUAGCGGCGGUCGGAAUACCAGUGGAAAUGACAGCGGUACCAAUCGGCGCCGUUCGCCCAUCCGUGGCGGAAGAGGCGGCGGUGGAGGUGGGAGUAACAGUACAGGCAGCUUCGCAUCACAGUCUAGACGCGGCGAAAGCUCUCCAUCCCGUGAGUACAACCACGGAAACCGUCGCCCUUCAAGAGAGCGCCAAAACAACCAAUGGCGGCGAUCAGACGAACAACCGGUUCCUUCAAGGGCACCGAUGGGUCCGCCAGCUUCUAGGUUCGAUGAUAGAAGAGCUAACAAUAGUCGACCUGCUACUAAUAAUAGCAACAGUAAUAGUAAUAGGGACAUUAGCCGUGAGCAAUCAGAUGCUAGACGAAGACCAGGCGACCGUAAUAAUUGGGAUGAUGAUCGAAAAGGAUCGAUGAACAAGUCUGACGGGGAUAUGACUUUGGAUUCGGGUGAAUUCUGGGAUGAUGGUGGUAGUGCACCUAUUAUUUCAGAAACCAAACCAAUAAAGGAGAAGAAACCUACUGUUGAUGUUGAAGAGAGCAGAAAAUCAUCUAAGAAGCACGAAGCUCCUAGACGGGUUGAACCAGUUAAGAAGGAAGUUGUCAAAGUUGAAGAAAAGAAACCGAUUAUUAAAGCGAGGUAUAGUAAGAGUCUAUCAAGAACUCCUUCGCCAUUCCUCAAACCACAUGAACGAGUCGCUGUGGCAAGCUCUAAUGUUGGCAGCACUUCAAACAAUACCACUGCAGUCGCCACGGUUUCGACUCAAAAAGAGGAGAAACUCGUACCAAAACCAGCAGUGACAGCCAAGGUAAAAGUAAAAGCUAGUAGCAGCAAGAAAGAUUCCAGCGAUAGUGAAACCUCCGAAAGUAGCAGUGAAUCCGAAGAAGAAGAGGAGAAGAAUUCGCGGAAGAAAAAAAUUAAAAAGAAGCAAUCUAAAAAACGUAGACAUUCGUCAUCUUCCAGCGAUGAAGAAUCCUCGGAAGACAGCGAAAAAGAUGAAGAACCUCCGAAGAAACCCACAAAACAGGACCUGGCUGCUGCAGCUCUUCAAGAAGAGCGCAGGAAGAACGCAUUGAAGUUGGAAAAAGAAAAAGAAGCCGCUGCAACAGCAGCUGCCGCUGCCGCCGCAGCUACGGCCGCAGCAGCUGCUGCAGCAGCAGCAAAAGCCAGAGAAGAUAGUAGAAAGCGAAAACGAACGAUUAGUUCUGAAUCUAAACCUACCGAAGAGAAAAAGAUGAUAUUGAAGGAAGUUAAAGCAAAGAAAAUUGAGAAACCAUCUUCAUCAUCAUCGAGCGAUUCAGAAUCUGAACGUUUGAAAAAGAAGCGGAGGAAGGACAAGAAAAAACGCGAUGCUUCUGAUGAUAGCUCAUCUGAUUCCGACAGUGUGAAGAAGAAAAAACAUAAGAAACACAAGAAACACGCCAAAAAGCAUAAGAAACACAAGAAACAUAAGAAGAACAAAAGCAAACAGCGUGACAGCAGCUCCUCCUCCUCUGAAGAUGAGGGAGACUUACGCGGCUCUGGGGGCCCCAUAAUAAAUGAUGAUUUAGAAAAACAGUUACGGGAAAGAGCUCUCAAAUCGAUGAAAAAACAGCAAAGUAUUUCCGAUUAAGGCUUAUUUAAUGACAUCUCUAAUGGUAUGGUAAAGUUUUACGAGUAUAUUGCGUAAAUUUUAAGAUACACACUUAAACGUAAUUGUUUCUUAAUUCUGUAUCAUAUUAGGGAGAGCAAAUACAACUCAAUUGUAAUAUUCUUAAAAAAAAACAAUGAGAAAACUUUGAUUCAUAUAAAAAUGUUGUAGUUUUAUAAGGACAUCUUCCCUAGUUUUCAAGAUAAAUAACAAUUGAUUUUAUGGGUGACAAAAAUAAAUAUCUCUUGAUAUUUACCUAACUGUGUUUAUUAUCAUACAAAUGGAAAUUAACUUUCUUUAAAUUCUCUAACUUUGGUGAGGAUAGUAUUCGAGGCAGAGCGCAUCGCGUAUAGAGUUUAUACAUCUACGGUAAAAUCAAAUAAGAGUUUCCAAAAAAUACACUACCCGCCAAAAGUAUGGACUCGUUUCACCGAGUAUUGCAAUAGACAUCUUGAAUAUUGUAACACCUCCAGAAAAGUUUAGAAACAGAACAACAGCAAUUACAAGUUAUUCUAAACUUUUGAUAGUGUUGCAAUAUUCAAGGCAAACACUCGGUAAAGCGAUUCUAUGCGUUUAGCGGGUAGUAUAUGUAUACGCAUAACGAACUGCCCAAGAGAUAUAAGCUACUCUGCCUCUGUGUGGUCUAUUCUGCAAUCUUAACCAAGUGUAUUUACUGCGGAGCAACCAGGCCGAUUUGCAAAAUUGUUCAACAUGCUUUGGAAAUAUUUAUAAAACAAUCUAAAACAUCUUCAGAAGGAAACCAUCUAGAUUUAAACAUAAACUAAAUAUUGCUUACAAAUAAUCUAUUGUAAAACUUCAGCAUAAUAACACAUACCUACGGAGAAGUCAAGUAAAUAAAAAUUUACAUGGA